UAUUAUAUAUAUACACAUAAUAAUCUCAUCCUUUUCGUCCUUACUUCUUCUCCAUCCAACUCCUUCGUCUAUGGAAGCCUGAGAUUUUUCCAUUCCCAAAUACUCUCAGAUUCAUUCUAACCUUUACUCUUAUCUUCUUCAAAGAGCCUCUAAUGGCGGUGGAGCUAAUGAGGUUCCCCAAAAUGGAAGAUCAGAAAGAGAUUCAAGAAGCUGCGACUCAGGGCUUGAAGAGUAUGGAGCACCUGAUUCGAUUUCUCUCUCACAAUCAACAGACUACUCAAAUGGACUGCUCUGACCUUACGGAUGUAACUGUCUCUAAGUUCAGGAAGGUGAUCUCUCUUCUCAACCGGACUGGUCAUGCCAGGUUCAGACGUGCGCCGGCUCAUUCGUCAUCUUCUUCUUCGCCUCCCUCGUCUUCUUCGUCCUCCGGUUCGCUCUCGCUUCAUCAACCUCAGGUACCUAAUACACUGGCCUUAGCUCCCGCGUCGAUUGCUUCUCAUCCGACUUACGUUUCUCCCGCGCCGAUCGCUCCUCCGGUAACCGUUCAGGCGGCGAGUUUCGCACAAUCUCAGAAGCAGAGCAUGACUCUGGAUUUUACUAAACCUAACAAUAAUAUACUUAGCUCGAACAUUCACAAGGCCUCCGCGGAGGUUGAGUUCACAAAAGACAGCUUCAGCGUUUCUUCCAGCUCGUCGUUCAUGUCGUCAGCGAUCACCGGAGACGGAAGCGUCUCGAACGGAAAGCAAGGGUCGAUGUUCUUGACUCCUGCACCGACUGUCUCCGUCGGUAAACCACCCCUCUCAACGGCGCCAUUUAAGAAGAGGUGCCAUGAUCACGAACACUCCGGCGAUUUCUCAGGCAAAAUAUCGGGAUCUGCAUCCGGAUCCGGAAAGUGCCAUUGCUCAAAGAGAAGGAAAAAUCGUGUGAAGAAGACAAUUAGAGUCCCGGCGAUUAGUUCCAAAGUCGCUGAUAUUCCACAAGACGAGUUUUCGUGGAGGAAGUAUGGACAAAAACCGAUAAAAGGCUCUCCUUAUCCAAGAGGUUACUACAAAUGUAGUACCAUGAGAGGUUGCCCGGCGAGGAAACACGUGGAGAGGGCUCCCGAUGAUCCGGCUAUGCUUAUUGUAACCUACGAGGGAGAGCACCGUCAUCAGCAGCCGGACACCAUGGCGCCAAUGGGUGGUGGUGGAGGAGUCUCUUUGGUAUUCGACUCUAAUCGAGUGUGAUAGCCCCCAUAUAUAUAUAUAUAUAUAUUUUUUAUAUAUUUUUCUUAAAAUACUCGAAAGUAGUUGAGGAGGGGAUAGUUGAUAGAAUGGGGUUGGAUGUAAAUUAGUUGAGAUAUAUAAAUUUCAAAAAAAAAAAAAAAAACUUGACAAUUGAUAAUGCUGAAACUAUGCGGUGUUCAAUCAACUUUAAUUUCAUCUAA